AACCAGUCUUAUUUUGCUUCUCCCAUCUGUCCUCUCGUCUUUCCUCUCCAAGCAUCUCGUGGUGAAGAUAUACACCCAAGACGUUUCCGGGACCUGGUCGCAACUUAAUUGAUAUAUAACAUUUGCUUCCUCCCGUUUCCCUGACUUUGUACGUCUGUAUCAAGGCGUGCACUGUUCAGUUCAAGCUCUCACGCGCUUCAUUUUUCUACCUUUUCUACCCCCUCACGCUGCCGCCGCCAAGAUGGGUUACCUCUACUACCUCUUCCACCCUUACCAGCUUCGAUCGAUCAUUCAAUGGAAGGUCUGGCAUGAUCCCGUCCACCAGCGCGAUCCCAGCACAGAGUCCCCAGAACUAAAAGAAUGCUUUCGCUACCUCGACAUGACAAGUCGCAGUUUUGCGGCUGUCAUUCAAGAGCUUAACCACGAACUCCUCGUCCCCAUCACUCUCUUCUACCUCUGCCUCCGUGGCCUAGAUACCAUCGAGGAUGACAUGACCAUACCCCUGGAUAAGAAGGUUCCCCUUCUUAGAAACUUCCACAUCACCAUGGAAGAAGAUGGUUGGCAAUUCCAUGAGAGUCAGGAGAAGGAUAAGGAGCUCCUGGAGCACUUCGAUGUGGUCGUUGCAGAGCUCAAGAAGAUCAAGGCCCCCUACUACCAGAUCAUCAAGGAAAUGACCUGCAAGAUGGGCAAUGGCAUGGCUGACUAUGCCCAAAACGAGGAGAUGAUCAAGAACGGUGUGCAGACUAUUGAGGAGUACGAGCUGUACUGCCAUUACGUCGCUGGUCUCGUUGGCGAAGGCCUCACGCGUCUGUUCGUUGAGUCAGAGCUGGCUAACCCCAAGCUUGCUGAGCGUCCUUCUCUUACCGAGUCAAUGGCCCAAUUCCUCCAGAAGACCAACAUCAUUCGAGAUAUCCAUGAAGACUGGCAAGAUGGUCGAAGAUGGUAUCCCAAGGAGAUCUGGAGCCAGCACGUCGAGAAGUGGGAAGAUAUGUUCGACCCCAGCCAGCAAACAAAGGCCCUAGAGUGUGUCUCAGCGAUGGUUCUCGAUGCGCUGAAGCACAGUGAGGAGUGUCUGUUCUACAUGGCGGGCAUCAAGGACCAGAGUGUUUUCAACUUUGUUGCUAUUCCUCAAGGCAUGGCCAUUGCGACAUUGGAGCUUGUCUUCCGCAACCCUGAGGUCCUCAAGAGGAACGUCAAGAUCACAAAGGGUGAUGCCUGCAAGAUCAUGUUCGAGUGCACACAAAACCUCUACACAGUAUGUGAGGUCUUCAAGCGAUAUGCCCGACAAAUCGCCAAGAAGAACGACCCUCGUGACCCCAACUUCCUUGCCAUCAGUGCUCAAUGUGCAAAGAUUGAGCAAUUCAUCGAGACUCUCUUCCCCAAGCAGGACCCCAAGAAGCUCGCUGUGACUCAGGCCCAGGUCCAAAACAAGGAGCCAACUAUGGACGGAGGCGAGACUCUUGUUCUCUUUGGUGUUGUCAUUGCAGCUCUGGUCUGUAUUUCUGGUCUUAUGAUCGGUACCGCUUGGAUCUUCGGAGCCAGAUUCGAUACUAUCUUUAGGGAAGCCAGCGUCUUCCUACCAGGUGGCGAGAAGGCUACCCCCAUGAUCACGGGUCACGAAGAAUUGUAAUAUUAUGCGCGCCGAUUUGUUUUGCUUUGUUCACGGCACGAACCUUUUUAACGAUAUCCUAACGUACAUACCACAUUUAGCAAUGGUCCUCAUAUGGCUGGACCUGCUCGGCGGCAUAUUGCUGGGCUUUAUACUCUUGUUAAUACUACCUGCAGCGGCGCGAUACAGCGCGCGUUGCAGUUCAAGUUUCG